AUGGGGAGAGGUAGGGUAGAAUUGAAGAGGAUAGAGAACAAAAUCAACAGGCAAGUCACUUUCGCCAAGCGUAGGAAUGGACUUUUGAAGAAAGCUUACGAGCUCUCAGUUCUCUGUGAUGCUGAGGUUGCUUUGAUCAUCUUCUCCAAUAGGGGAAAACUCUAUGAGUUUUGUAGCAGCUCAAGCAUGCUCAAAACACUUGAGAGGUAUCAAAAAUGCAACUAUGGAGCACCGGAGUCAAAUGUCUCUGCAAAGGAGGCACUGGAGCUAAGUAGUCAGCAGGAGUAUUUGAAACUCAAGACACGGUAUGAAGCACUACAACGAUCCCAGAGGAAUCUCCUGGGUGAGGAUCUUGGCCCUCUCAACUGCAAGGAGCUUGAGUCGCUAGAAAGGCAGCUCGAUUCAUCUCUCAAGCAUAUCAGAUCAGCUCGGACACAGCUCAUGCUGGACACACUUACAGAUCUUCAAAAAAAGGAGCAUGCAUUAAAUGAGGCAAACAGGACUUUGAAGCAAAGGCUGAUAGAAGGAAAUCAAGUCCAUUGGUAUCAGCAGCAGGAAGUCUGCUAUGAUAACAGACAACCUGCACCUCCACAUCAAACUGAUCAUGAAGCCAUCUUUCAUCCGCUCGACUGUGGACCCACUUUACAAAUGGGGUAUCAAACGGAUCCACUAACAGCUGCGGGAGGAGGAGCAGGGCCAAGUAUGAAUAAUUACAUGCAAGGAUGGUUGCCAUGUUAA